AUGUGUCCACAGGCAGGUCAGUAUCUAACGGCACAGUACCCAGACCUGGAGGAGCAGGUAAGCGACAAGUUGGAGCGUCUGCAUCAAAUCUGGGAUCAGCUCGUUUCAAGUGUCCGCGAUCUCUCUCGUUGCGUCGGUCAAGAGCAAAAGAACAAGACACUAAUCGAGAAACUUCAGAAAACGAUUAGUUGGUUGAAUCAGCACUCCACCGAUGCUCCUUCCACUGUGGCCGCUCCAGCGGCUCUUGGCGAUUCGGGGUUGAGUACAUGGCAGAAAUUGGAAAAGAGGAUUGAAGCUGAGUUGAAGCAGUUGCUCGAACAUCAAGCUGGGCUGACAGAGAUACGGACUAAUGUGGAAAAAUUCAUCACUCCUGACCAACAACCUGAGCUUCUUCAAUCCGUCGAUCAAGUUGACUCUGGACUACACCAAAUCGAAACUCGUCUGAAGGUUGAAAAAACAAGGGCAGAACAGAUGCAAGAGAUGUCCAAGAUCUUUCUAGAUUUGUCACUUGAGGCGGCUUGGGUACGAGAGAAGAGAGCUCAAAUACAGCAGUUGUCCUUACCCUUGGCGAUCGAUUUAGCAUCUGGUCGUCCACUGACGGGUCAGCAGCUACUGCAAGUUCAGAGGCUUCGGCGUCAGUUAAAGAGCCAUCAACUGGAAAUUGAGAACAGACGCCCAAGAAUGAAGAUGCUGUGCGACGAUUGCGCCGCAGUAUGUCCCAUACUGCUUUCCGCUGCGUGUGAGUUUCCUUCCUUCUGCAGGGGUGACGCGUAUCUGUCUUGGCUGCUGUUGUCGGUUUUCCAUCUGGGUAAAACGCGUACAACCUGCUUUCCGGACCUGUACUCGGUUCCGCUUAAUUGUAGUGCCCCCAAUCUUCACUUCGUAGCUUCUCUCUCCCUUGCGGCUCUGAAUAACUCCCUUCCUCCAGUGUCCCUCUGAUCCUGGUACUGGUUGCACCCACACUUCUUCUCCCACUGCUAGAGGUUGGAGUUUUCUCGCCCCGCGAUCGUAGUAUUUCUUUUGCCUAAGCAUUCUGUUUCGUAACCGCUCGUGUAUCGAGGUCGC